UAUAUAUAUGUUUGAAGAAAAAAAUUGAAAAGGUGUCAUUAACAUUUGUCUGAGAAUGUAUAGGGGAAUCUUUGGCAUGUGAGAUGUGAAAAGCUUUGUUGAAAUAGGUUAUUAGCCCAAAUGAAGUGUAUCUUCUCCUUCAGCCCCCAUAUCCAAAAUUAAGGGUAGUUUAGAGCACUCAUUGAGAAUGUUUCCUUUCCAACGAGGCAAUGAGCUGGUUAUCCAGUUUUCUAAUAGUCCCCACCACCACCAGCAACACGAAAUCUCCCAAGAUCUGAUUCUGGAUGAUUAUGCUUCACUGGAUGAUAAUCUUUCUGGGAAAAACUUCUCCAGAGCCCAAUCAGAGAAUCUCUUCUAUGAGCCAAAUAAAAAGAAUCAUGACUCUAACGAACAUAUGAAGAAGAUGAUUCACAAGGAGAUCGAAAGGCAAAGGAGACAAGAAAUGGCUACCUGCUAUGCCUCUCUCAGAUCCCUUCUCCCUCUUCAGUUCAUCAAGGGAAAGCGUUCAAUAUCUGACCACAUGAACGAGGCAGUGAAUUACAUAAAGCACAUGCAGAACAAUAUCAAAGAGCUUGUUGCCAAGAGAGAUGAACUGAAGAAACUUUCCAGCCACAGCAAUAUGGAAAAUAGCCAUGAGGGUUUGCAUACAUCUUGCAACUUUACUGUCCAUGAGAGUAAUGAUGUCAUAGGAAUCGAAAUCACCAGUGGCUUCAUUGAGGAAAGGCCUAAAGUUUCAAAGUUACUGCAGCUACUGAUUCAAGAAGGUCUUGAAGUUGUUAGUUGCCUUUCAUCCGAAGUCAAUGGUAGAUUGCUCCACAGUGUGCAGUGUGAGGUAAACAGUUCCAACUGUUUAGAUCUAUCUGAGCUGAGAAGGAAAAUUUCCAAAGCAUUUCCAGCAUUUAGAUGUUCUGACUAACUUUGCCGUUGGAGCUGGCUAGGUUCACAAUCUCUCCAAUAACAGGAAAUUUACCAUGGCAUGCAUUUUAGAUCGAGAGCUACUAUGGUACCUAGAAAAACCUAUAUAUAUAUAUAUAUAGAGUUUCAGCAGUUAUUUUUUGAGUUAACAGUUGAAUGAGUUUGAACACAUCAAAUGGCAACACAUUCAACUAUUUCUCAAAAAUAAAUAAAUGUCAUUAAAAAACCUUAAACUUCUCAUAUUACCUUCGAAUUUCUCCUUUUAGACCUUUCAACCUUGAUAGACCUAAUUGUUUGAAUGAGUUUGCUUGAAAUUUUUGCAAUGGCAACUGUCCCAUUUUCUCACUUUGAAUGGAUUCUGUUUCUUUGUUUGGGAAGAAAGAGGGAAGAAGAAAGCAAAUUUACGUAACUCAAACAUUUAAUUUCUUUUUCCCAAUUCCUUCCGUAGUUUUCUGCAAUAAAAUGGAUUCGUUUUCUGUCUUUUUAUCAAAUUUAACAAGGCGCAUUAAUUUAGCUUCAUUGCGUAUGUAAAUUGUAGUUAACGUGGAGUUUGAGGUUCCUUUAGCAUAAUAGUCUCU